AUGGUUUCUUCUUCUUCUUCUUCUUCGGCUUUGUUUCUCGGUCUUAUGUUUCUGUUGACACCAUUGUUGCUCCUUUCAUCCUCAUCUCAACCACUAGAGUUUCACGUUGGGGGUAAAGAUGGUUGGGAUCUCAAACCUUUUGAUUACUACAAUAGUUGGGCCCAGAGAAACAGGUUUCAAGUCAAUGACACUCUCAAUUUCAAGUACAAUAAAAAAAGUGAUUCAGUUCUUGUGGUGAAGAAGGAAGACUAUGAUUCCUGCAACAUCAACCAUCCAAAACAAAAGAUGGACGACGGAGAUUCGAGAUUCAAGCUCGGUGAUUCGGGUCUGUAUUUUUUCAUCACUGGCAAUAUUGAUCAUUGUAAACAAGGGCAAAAGAUUAUUGUUUUAGUCAUGGAAGUUAGACAUCGUAACCCUCCUCCUACCGUGGUUGCAGCCCCGUCUCCCGUAAGUGGCUUGUCGCCACCUCUGAUUCACAAGUCCGCUUUGGAUGCUUCGCCCCCGUCUCAGUCGAAAGCAAGUUCGGUGGGUUUUGGUGUUGUGGUUUGGGUUGGUUUGAUAUACAAUUCUACUGCUGCGACUGACAAAACAGUCUCUACUAUUGAAAAACCUGUACAGAAGACACCACCAGUUUCAUCUGUAGUGAUGUCGUCCAAAAGUUUUACCGCAGACGGUAAACUUUGUACUGCUGAUGGUUCUAUAGUUGCUAAGAAGGUUGACACACCAACUUCAAUAACUUCAUCUAUUGCUACUGAUCCUACUAUUAAGCCAAAAACAGAGGAACAUAGCAAAGAAUAA